ACUGCAAAUGCUGUUCAAUGCAAAUUUAUAUGCAACUCUUGUUUAUCAUACACAAUUUCUUUGUGCCAACUACGGCUUUUUGCCAAUUUAAUAAAACGGUUAGAAUAAUAAUUCCAAAAUUAAAAUACACAUUUCUUCCGACAGUUGUUGCAACCAACGAGCUAACGAAUUACCGGCUGAAGUUAUCCGGAAAAUAUGAACAUCACGCGUAUUCUUGGACAAAAUAAUAAAAUUUAUCAAAAGUUCGGCGAUUAUUGUAUUACAGAAACAGAACCUAAUCAGUGUUGUAUCAUUUGUUGCUUCUGUCAGCAGGAACAUUACAAUGAAAACGCUUUCUGGACGCAUAUACAAGAGAUGCAUGACUAUGUACCAGCACAACUUUGUGUGAUGCAUGAAAAAUCGCAAACAUCCAAUUUCAACGGUGAACAUAGUGAGAGUCGUUGCUCUAUGCGAGUUGGUCUGGACGAUGGUGCUGCUGAUUCAAAAAAAUUUAAAAUAAACUCAGCACAAGUGGCCAAUAAUGACGCACCAAUGUAUGUCGAAGCUGAGUACCUAGAAAAUGUGGUGCUAAAUGAUCCGAAUGGCCUUAUGGAGCUAACAGAUAUAACAAAUACAUUUUUCGAUUUCAAAGAUAAGCCAACAGAAACUCAACCCGUUGUAGAAAGUAAAACAAAUAUGCAGCAAAUUGACAAUAAUCAAUCAGAGAAGGAGCUUCAGUCCCAACACAUUAAUGGUAAGCUUGAAACCAACAUAGAUAUCGAUAAGCUUGCACCCAAGCAAUUGCUAGAGAAUGGCACACUACUGAAAAGCCUAUUUCAGCAAAUGCAACGCGCUAACGAUGAAUUCAAAUACAAGCUCAAUAAGCUAACACAGGCCGUACAAAUAAUUGAGACUGAAUUGAAGAAAGAACCUGGUAGUCGUAUGCUAAAGCGAUAUAUGAAAAUAAUACCAGAUCAGCCUUUUAACAGUCGCGAUGAAGUGCUCAUUUUGGAUGAUGAGCUGCACCACAGCAAAGAAAUGCGUGACGCACUUCACGAAGAAACACUUGCUAUAGCUACCGAGAAUGCUGAUGUAUUUUGUCGUGUACUUUGGCGUUUCAUUAUGACAGAUGAAGUAUCCAAUCAAUUUUGUUGGCGUGGUGUUUUAAACGCUGACAAAAUUAUUAAAUAUCCAAUUAAGGAUAUGACUAUGCUAGACGUCUUUCAAGGAGUUUUCCGCGAAAAGUUCCCAGAUCAAGCGCUCAACAUCUUCAAAGACCGUACUAUGACAUACUUCAAUAAAGCACAUGAGCGUUUGAAACGAAAACAAUUAAAUAAAACGGACGUGGAAAAUAAUGGCUGUGAUUUUUUGUGCACAAAGGAAACGUCAAAUGGACAAAGUGGCGAUUAUAAGCGGGCGCGUAACGAUCAAGAAAAUUCCGAUAGUGUGGAUUCAGUAUUUGAGGAAGUGUUUAGUGGGUGAAACUUAAUUUUUCAUAUUGAAAAGUGCAAAUUUGCUAAUAUUUUAGCGUUGUACAUAAUUUUCCUGGCGAAA